AUACCACCUUUGGGUGCCUCACCUGAGCCCAGCCUCGAGCACACAGGACAAGCAGAGGAUGGAUGUGGCCAUGAAACGCUUUCCAGCAAGGCAGAGGAGGAAGAUCUGGACUCAGAAAAUGAGAAGCUGGUGGUGAGAGAGCCAGAGGAUGAGGAUGCUGCAGAGGAGACGUUCUCCUUUAAAUACAGUCCUGGAAAGCUGAGGGGAAACCAGUACAAGUCAAUGAUGACCAAAGAAGAACUCGAGGAAGAACAAAGGGUUCAGAGAGAGCAGCUGGCUGCCAUCUUCAGGCUCAUGAAGGAAAAAAGUGACACAUUUGGAGAGAUGUCUGAAGGGGACAUGAAGGAGCAGCUUAGACUGUAUGAUAUAUAACCUUGCAGCCAGUGGAGACUAUGCCCAAAAGUCAUCUUGGCCCUUAUUAUGCAGGAUGCUGGAGGCUGUAGUGCUAUAAACGUGUUUCAGUAGUUAUUUUGCAGUUCCAUUUGUUUUGCAAAUGCAUAUAGGCCUGUGAUACGUAUUUCAAAAGACUUGUCAUUUCUCACCUUUUUUAUCAUUUU